UGCACUUGGUUCCUUGCUGCUUGGCACAUUGUAGUUGCUUAAUAAAUGUAAGUUCUGUUGUUACUGUUUGUUGUUGGUAUUAAUUUGCUUCCUUGGGUGGAGGGUGGGAAUGGUGUCUCGUCCCUCUUACCCCCAGUACUUUGUGCCAGGAAGACGAGCUCGGUGGGAGUGGGCGGAGCUGAUAGGCAGGUGGGCAUCUGCGUCUAGUUUAGGAAAGUGAGACCAGUGAGGGUGGGUGCCGUGCUGAGUCCGAGAGCCAGGGAGUGGCCGAAGCCGGACCAGCCUCGCCGCACUGUCCUCCGUGCCCAGGGGCAGGAGGGUGAGGGGCACAGGGGUGAGGGCUGGCCAUCUGGGUGGGGGGUGGGUGCCCUCUGCUCUCUCAGGCCUGGAGCUCCUUGUCUUAAAGAACGUGGGCUGAUUUGGGAAGGAAGGCAAAUUGGCCAUUUUAAAAUUAAAGCUGUCUCUGCCACUGCAAAUGGCUUGGGGGCCACUUGAUCCUUUUAGGCAGUUAUUACUGAAGGUGUCUUCUCCCCAGUGAGCAGAGGCCCCGGGGAAGGAUCCCUAGGGAUGGGAAGGGGCCGUGUCCCCUCACUCCGGUCCUGGGGGCCAGCCCUGGGGAGGGGUGAGGACGGGCCCCCGCAGAGCGGCAGGAGACGCUGGGGCUGGGGUGCUCUGUGCCAGCUCUUGGUGGCUUCUUUGUCGACUUGUGUGUCUUGAAAUGCUGACCAGUGAGGGCACCGCUCCGCAAGUCACUGGAGCGCCCUUGGACCUGAGCACUGCAGAGGCUCCAGCUGCAGCCCCUGCAGGCAGGGCAGCACGUCUUCCAGGAGGGAACAGCCACACCCAGGCCUCUGUCCCCUCUGCCCAGUAAAACCUGGCAAGAGCCCUCCUGCUGGACACUCCAAAGAAGGUGUGCUGCCUGCCUGCUGCCCAGCCCUCAGGAGCCCCUCCAGCCUGGAGGACCAGGAAGCUCUGGAUAAGGCGCGGUGGCCACCCUGCAUCCCUCUUACCCCUCUCCGUUCUAAAGCAGUCGCCUGCCUCGUCCAGCACCUGCGUCUGUCUUCCAUGCAGUAGCUGUGUGUGUGGUCUGGUGGCAGGGAGAGGGGCAGCACUUGCUAACAGGGGUCCCCAUUGGCUCUCUCCUCUUGGCUCUGGCCCUGUGCCCCCAAGCUGUUCCCCGGCCAUGGGGUCAGGGCCUGGGCACCUGCUCCUCUGUGCUUGGAGUCAGAAGACAGCUUCCCUGGGCCCCCGUGGCUGCGAGUGAAGAACUGCCAUGCCCAACCGCCCAGAUGCAGGAGUGCGGGGGCCUAGCACUGAUGUCCCUAAGUCCUGCAGGACCCGGAAGGAGGGUGGGCUAGUCUUGACUGCCUGAUCCACGCGUGCACCUCAAGCGCACCCUGCCGUGUGAAUGGGACAAGAGUCAAGAGGGAGAAGGUACUAGAUGUCUAUGCAGAGAGGGCUCCUGUAACGAGGUCUCCUUCUCCUUGGCCAACAGGUGGUUCCUGUGCAGAGUGCCAGUUGCUGUGGGCUCCUCAUGUUUCUCUUCAGUUGGAGAUCGCUGUGGGGUCAGGGGCCCUGGGGUCAAGGAUGGGGACUCCAUGGAGCUGGGGGGCUUCCUGGGCUCAAAUUCUUGUUCUGCUGAUAGCCAAGCGUAGCCUUCUGCGCCUCAGCUUCCUUGUUUUAAAUAAGGGUGACGUGUGAGCUCACAGGCCAUCUUGUGGUUAGACAAUGUCGCCCGGCACAGGAAGGUGCUCAGCAUUGUAACUGAUUGUCUUCAGCCUCUGGAUCAGACGUUUGGCCAAAAUUUGUCAGUAGCAUUCUGAAAGGGAGGUGAGGGUUCCAUUCUGAGCUGCAGGAAGCCGUCUCCAGGUCCACAGUUGUGUGAAGCAGACAGUGUAGCUGUCUGGGUUCAGCCGUGGCGGGUUUAAUGCGGUGCGCACCUCCCUCUCCAGUGCAGGAGCUCUCACAGGCGCAGAGUGGUUUUGCUGUGCUGUGGUCACACGUUUGUAAGUGUCCCCAACACUGAAGACGGGAAAUGACUCCUGCAUGGCCUGAGGAAGAUGAAAGUGUGUUUCCUGUUGCAGUAACGUUAAGUAUGUUUCACAGUGUCCUGAGAGUUUUUGGAAGUUGGAUGUGUGUGUCAAACACAGAGGUUGGACCAGAGGCAGGCCCAGCUCCUCCCAAGGACACUGCAUGUGUGUAAGGUUUGGGUUUUUGAAACCCACACACCUAAUUCACAUACUCUGCAGUUGGGUACAUGCUCAGAGGGGUCGUUGGCUUCCAUUAGCGCUUCUGGGCACUGGCUCAGCCUCUGGUGAAGCUUAACCAGCUGCCCAGGUAGCCAGGGCUCAUCCCUCUGCACCUCAGGCUGCUCCCAGGAGUUCAUCUGGCACCUGCGUCUGCCCCUGUGUGGGGCAUGCAUCGCGGCCACCUUGCAGAAGUGGAAGAUGGGAGACCAACCGAAUACCAUAUGGGAUUUCUCUGGAGCUGAGGAAGCAGUGAGGUGGGAUCUUUAUGCACCCAUACAGGACCAUCUCCAAGACAUCAGAGAGGAAAGGGCACGACGUAGACCAGUGGGAAGGGAACGUCUCCAUGUGUUUGCACAGUGAGGGGGGAUGCGUCCAGAAGGAGCAGGGGUUGGCUAGCUCUGGUGGCCUCGGGUGGGCGGCACGAGGCCCACCGCUCACUUGGGGCUACCUGAACUUCAGCACGCCCGUGAGCCUCUUCCCCUUUAGACAGAAAGCAACAAAUCUUUCUUAAUUAAAAGAACAGCCACGAGGCCAUUGUGACGGGUCUUUCUGCCCUGCCCAUUGUGGGGUGACCUGAGCCCCCCGUGAGCAGUGAGCCUCGAACUCCCAGAUCUCUCUGUGCCCCCCUUCCAGGGCCACACCCGGCUUGUCAUGGGGUCUGCUCACUCUUCAGAGAUCCUCACCCGCCUUUACCCAGUGGCCCCAGCCCCUGUCCCCUACUCUCUUUGUGGGCUCUGGGACCCCCAGUCCCUCCCCUUUCCCAGUCUCUGUCAUCCUUCCCCACCCAGUCAGGACUGCCCGUGUGGCCUGAGCAGUUCCAGGCCUGUCCCCUGUGCCAGCCCUGCCUCUUGGCCUACGUGUUCUCACUGUGGGAUGUCCGUGGGAAGCGUGCCCCGGCCCUCCGAGCCUGUUGCUCGUCGAUUCCCUCACAGCCAAUCCCAAGCCUUUGUAAAGCCUGCGUGGUAGCUUGUUACGGAGACGGGAGUGACAUCUCUCACCUCUGUGCUCCGUGUUCCUGCUCCCACGUGGACGCUGGGCUUGGCUUCGUGACACUCUGACCACUGGGACAUCAGCCAAUGUGACACAACAGAGGCUUGAUAAGUGCUUGUGCACGGGGGCUGCCCCCUGGGAGCCCUGAGACCACCAGGAUGACCACAUGGAGAAAGAGGCACAGGCCCCCCAGCUUUCCCACAAGGUCAGCACCCCACCGACUCCAGUGGUGAGCCCACGUGAGACCAGCAGCAGACUCGCCCAGACAGCCCAGGAUCAUGAGAACUAGGAAAUGGUUGUUGUAACUACAGCGGGUGGGCAGCUUUGUCAUGCAGCAGCGUGAAACAGACGUGCCCACGUGCAUCGUGACCUUGGUCCCGUCAGCCUCUGCAGUCAGCCCAGGCUGUGGUUGAGAAAGUCCCCCUCACUUCACUGGCCACAGGACUGCCAUCCCCAGCUACCCCACGGUCCUCCGCUCUGGCACUCCACAGCCUCGUCUCCAGCUCCCGGCACUUGUCUCCGUUCCUGGUCGUGCCCUGCUCCACCAUGCCUUUGCACGCGCUGCGCCCUCUACCUGGGCUACCCUUUCUCCCAUCUUCACCUGUGCGCUUCUGGGCAGCUUUCGAGCUCCAGCUCGCAUGUCAUCUCCAGGUGCCUCCCCGGGCGCCUGCUGCCGAGAUCACAUUUGACACACUGCUGCCAUAUGGCACCAAGCAGAUGUGUGCUCACAUUGGUCUCUGCCCAACUCUGACCAACUGCUGCCACUCCACUGUGAGCAAGAGCAUGGUCUCACCUGCUCCCUGUCAUGCCCACCAAGGCCUCAGACGGGCCUGCAGAGGUGGGGAGCUCACUGCCACUCGCCAGCAUGGCCCUUGAUGCCCGCCUCUGGUUCCUCCAGGUGGUGGUGCCACCUUCACAGUUCUCUGUCCCCAGCGUCCUCUCCUCGGGAGGCCAUGGGCCACACCUGGCAUGUGGGUUUCAGCCCGCACACUUCACCAGUCUCAAACUCCCUUCUCUGUGAUGUUUGCCUGCACGAGUCACCCCUGAACCUGUAGAAAACCAGCCUUCCCAAGAGAGCCGAGUGUGAGGGGCGUGCCUUCUGAUGCAGGAAAAUGCAAAACUGCUGGUGAGAAAGCCUAGGAGCCCGGUGUCGAGAGAAGACAGCAGUAGACACGGAGAACGAGAUCUUUAAUCCUCCAGUCGGCAUGCUGGACGAGAACCACCAUCUGAUCCAGUGCAUCCUGGACCACCAGAGCAAGGGCAAGACAGCCGAGUGCGCCCAGUACCAGCAGAUCCUGCACCGGAACCUGGUCUACCUGGCCACGAUCGCAGACUCCAACCAGAACAUGCAGUCCCUGCUCCCCGCCCCGCCAACCCAGAACAUGAACCUGGGCCCCGGAGCGCUGUCCCAGAGCGGCUCCAGCCAGGGCCUGCACUCCCAGGGCAGCCUCAGCGACGCCAUCGGCACAGGCCUGCCCGCAUCCUCCCUCUUGCAGGGCCAGAUCGGCAAUGGUCCGAACCACGUGUCCAUGCAGCAGACGGCACAGAGCACUCUGCCUACCACCUCCAUGAGCAUGUCGGGCAGCGGCCAUGGCACGGGGCCUGGCUACAGUCACUCAGGACCCGCCUCGCAGAGUGUGCCCCUGCAGGGGCAAGGCGCCAUUGGCAACUAUGUGUCUCGGGCCAACAUCAACAUGCAGUCCAACCCAGUGUCCAUGAUGCACCAGCAGGCAGCCUCAUCCCACUACAACUCGGCACAGGGCGGGAGCCAGCACUACCAGGGCCAGUCGUCCAUCGCCAUGAUGGGCCAGAGCGGCCAGGGCAGCAGCAUGAUGGGGCAGCGGCCCAUGGCGCCCUACCGGCCCUCGCAGCAAGGCUCGUCUCAGCAGUACCUGGGCCAGGAGGAGUACUACGGCGAGCAGUACGGCCACGGCCAGGCUGCCGCGGAGCCCAUGGGCCAGCAGUACUACCCCGACGGGCAUGGUGAUUACGCCUACCAGCAGUCGUCCUACACGGAGCAGAGCUACGACCGGUCGUUCGAGGAGUCCACGCAGCACUACUAUGAGAGCGGAAACUCCCAGUACAGCCAGCAGCAGGCGGGGUACCAGCAGGGCGCGGCGCAGCAGCAGACCUACCCCCAGCAGCAGUACCCCAGCCAGCAGGGCUACCCUGGGCAGCAGCAAGGAUACGGGCCUGCCCAGGGAGCCCCCUCCCAGUACUCCAGCUACCAGCAAGGACAGAGCCAGCAGUAUGGAAGCUACAGAGCGUCUCAGACGGGCCCGUCCGCCCAGCAGCAGCGGCCUUACGGCUAUGAGCAGGGCCAGUAUGGAAAUUACCAGCAGUAAGGGACAAGCAUUCUUCUUGGAGCCUUGUGGUGGCCUGUCCAUCCAGGGGUGGAUGGGCCGGUGGCAGUUCUCAUGAACUGUGACCUGUUGGUUGCCCCUCGUCCCACUCAGUGUCUGCAUGUAAAGCGUGCACAUGGCAUGCUGGGUGUGAUGCUGAGCGUGCACUGCUGGCGGGAGACAGCGCUUUGAUGGUGUGACAUAUUUGGUGCUGUGUAUAGUAUUGUAUGUCCAUACAAUGGAGAGCUUGUCCCUUUUUUGUCCCCCUGUUGAUGUUUCUAGCUAACUUUAGGGGUUCUUUGGUCAUCAGAGUGUUCUGUGCCCAGUGAUGGGGCAUAUCUACAAGACGCCAUUGUCCGUGUAUUCAUACAAACAGACCUUAGGUCUGACUCUCCUCGUGCAGUUGUAAUGUGGGUUGUAACUUUAUCUUUCACUGGCUACAUCGCAGCUGGACCUGCGCGCACAGCCCCAGGGCGGCGGUCUUUCCUGGGCUCGAUGGGGCUCUGGGAGGCAUCUUCCGUGGUGCGGGUCAGUUUCUGUUACACACUGGAAAGGAAAAAUGUGCUUCAUUGGGAACGGCUGUGAACCGUCAUUUCUGGAGCUCGCUCGUUGCCUGUGUUGCUCACCAGUUCUGUUUAUCCAAAAGGUUGUGUGAUUUUGUAUUAAAAAGUAAAGAGGGAUCAAUGACUAUGUUCCAAAUAAGUAUGAACCCAAGAAGGCCGUGUGAUGAGCCUGACCCGGGAGAGCGGCACGACUGCGGGAAGGAGAGGGGGGCCUCUGAAAUUGCUGUGGCUUUGGCCCUGGUAUAUCUGAUAGUCAUUUCUGGGAUCUGAAUAUUUAAUGUGCCCAAUUCUAAAUUUAUAGUUUAAAAUAUUGUCCAAAUACUUGUCCAAUACCAAAUUGUCCAAACAGGACCUUUUGUUUAUAUUCUUUCUUCUAGGACCUAUGUGUUCGGGAUUCCAAGCAAGUGUUCCUUUUCUUUUAGGGACAUCUGAAAUUCACAUCUCAUUUUUGAAAAGGACCCCACUAACUUUACUGUGUUCUUCCUAAUGAAAAGGAAAGGUUUUAUAUAGAGAUUUGAAUAAUUUUUACAUUCCUAGGACAUUAAAUCCCAUUUAAAUUCUGUGCAAACAUUAAAGACAGCUCACUUGGGAAAGUACGGUCCAAGGAAAAAUCCUACAUUUCACCAAUAAGUAAUACGGACAUUUUAUCAACCUUGGAUAAUAAUAUCCAUAUUUACUAUGAAUCCUUUAAAAACAUCUUUGGAUAAAUGGUGGCAUAUUUCCAAGACCAACCAAGAACAUACAAAAAAUAUCCAAUUCUUGAUAUAUCAGGUCUACUGAAGAUUAUAUAUUUGUUUUGUUUAAAAAAUUUAAAGUUCUUUAUCCAGUGUUGAAUGCUUUACAGUUUACAAGGCAUUUUAAUGGUUUUGUUUUUUUUUUUUUUUUCUUAAAUGAGUCCUAACAAUCCACCCUGGGAAAUUGGAGGCAAGUACUGUUCCCUUGUUACAGAGGAAGACCCGGGGCUCAGGCUGGAGGGCUGCCAGUUGAGGGCGGUCUCUCCUCUUCUGUGGAGACAGAGUCACACACACACUGGAUAAAAGCAUUUAUUUUGUAAGCGUAUGGGUUUUAAAAACCUUAACACUGGUAAAAGCUUAAAAAUACCUAUCUAUAUUAAAUUACUGCGAUGAGAGUUGUUAGUUGCUGAAUGACACACAGUAGCAAUUUCAUUUAGGGAGUUGUUGCCCUUGGUUUUGUUCUCUUCUGUCCUGACAAUUUCCAUAAAACUAAUUGCAAACUCAUUCGGGGACUAAAAUUUCCCACUGAAAACGUUAAACAUUUUAGGUCACUGUGACAAUGGUUGAUUUUUAUCCCUUGCCAGUCUGGGAAUAUGCCUUUUAUGUGGUUUUUUUUAAGUGCUGUAUCAAUACUUUUCGAAAAAAAGGACACUUAAAAAACUUAUCCCGAAACUUCAAUCUGAAAUGUCUUACAUUAAGAAUUUCUUGAAUGUUGUGUAUAUAUUUUAAAAAGCACUUUGUGAAAUAGUUUGUACAUUGAUUUCCUAAUUUAUACAUGAUUUUUGGUGUUAAUAUAUUUAAUGGUCGAUAACAGAAUGUUUAUUUAAUGUUGUCCAUUUUUCUGUAAUAUUGUGGGGAAGAAGUGAUGCCAACAGUCCUUUUUCACUAACUGUAUUAUAUGUGCUCUUCUGUGAUAUGAAUGUUUGCAGAAGCUUAGGCGAAAACGAAUUGUUUGUGCAGUGUGGUGGGUGGCGCUUUGUUUUUUAUGACCACUUCUACAGAAGUCCGGUGAAGAGGCAAAGGAAGACUUGGAAAUAGACGCUCAUCCUUCUUCCUAUUGUCCCCGACACCCAGCAGGUUGUGAAUCUGAAAAACGAUGACCACAAUUUUCAGAAGUGCUGACAAGUUCAUAUUGGUAUGCGAAAGCUCAUCACCCAUUAGGGUUUAUUGUUGAACCAACGGUAUCUGUGGACUCAGCUGUUAAAAGUACUUAGAACUCACACUGAGAGUGAGAAUGGAUGGCGUUGAGGUGGACAAGGUCUCCAGGACCUCAAGGGGAGCCUUAAUAUGCUCAUGCGGUUGGAGCCUAAGUGAGCCCCUGAUUUUAUCAGAGGUUUUGUGUAUAUAGGUCUGAAUAUCGGGCAUCCAUUCAAAGUUGCACAAAGAGGAAGACUGUUUCCGUUUCCGUUUGAAAUGUUUGAGUCAAACUUCAUUUCUAUUUAUCGAACAGGUCAAAUUUGUCUUAUUUGUGAGCACAGUACAUUUUUUGAAAAACAUCUUUAUUGGUUCAUUUUUUUUUAAGUCAGAGUUUGGCGUCUAAAUUGUUUAUGCUUUUGGUGUAAUCUGUUAAUAAACUGGUUC